ACCGCGAGCGAGUGGAGGCACGUCGUCUCCCGCCAAUUUUGUUUAUAUUUUUCGUAAGACAUAGGUGCUAACCCAUAAUGCCUAAUAUAAUUAACGAAGUGAAAUUAGACUUUAAAGAUGUGCUUUUAAGACCAAAAAGAAGUACUUUGCGGAGCAGGAACGAUGUGGACCUCUACCGCGAGAUUACGUUCCGCAACUCGGGGCAGACGUACCGGGGAGUCCCCGUCAUGGCAAGCAACAUGGACACCGUCGGCACCUUCGAGAUGGCACAGGAACUGUCCAAGCACGGGCUGUUCACGUGCAUCCACAAGUAUUAUUCCAUAGAUGAAUGGAAAAAGUUCGCGGCUGAACAUCCGGAGUGUCUCGAGCAGAUGGCCGCCAGCUCGGGCACAGCAGAGGCUGACUUCGAGCGCCUCACGGAGAUCCUCACCAACAUCCCUGACUUGAAGUUCGUCUGUCUGGACGUCGCCAAUGGAUACUCGCAGCACUUCGUCGAGUACGUGAGGCGAGUCCGCGCGGGAUUCCCCACGCACACGAUUAUUGCCGGCAACGUGGUGACUGGAGAGAUGGUAGAAGAGCUUAUUUUAUCUGGUGCUGAUAUUAUAAAGGUAGGCAUCGGCCCAGGGUCGGUGUGCACGACGCGUAUAAAGACGGGUGUGGGCUACCCGCAGCUGUCCGCUGUUAUUGAGUGCGCAGACGCCGCGCACGGACUCAAAGGACAUAUCAUUUCGGACGGUGGCUGCACAUGCCCCGGCGACGUAGCUAAAGCGUUCGGCGCGGGCGCAGACUUCGUGAUGGCGGGCGGCAUGUUCGCCGGGCACGACCAGUGCGGCGGCGAGGUGGUCACCAAGCCCGAUGGCAAAAAGGUCAAGCUGUUCUACGGCAUGUCUUCGUCCACUGCUAUGUUGAAGCAUUCUGGUGGCGUUGCCGAGUAUCGGUCCUCUGAAGGUAAAACAGUAGAGGUAGAAUACAGAGGCGAUGUCGGUGCAACAGUCAAAGACAUCCUUGGAGGCCUAAGAUCAGCGUGCACGUACGUCGGAGCUGCACGACUGCGGGAACUCCCUCGGCGGGCAACCUUCAUACGAUGCUGCAGACAGGUCAAUGACACCUUCUCGUAACUUCUGCGUUCCUAGUAGCCUGGUACUCGAGAAGUUAGAUCUGUAUAUGUCUGGCUGGCUGAUAAUCGGGGAUAGCGUAUUUUUAUGGCCUGUUUUUCAUUAUGAAUGUGUAAUCUAUAAGCCAUAACAUAUGGCGUGCUGGGCGAUAAAUAAAUGAAUUCUACUGCUUCAUUUAUCGCACUGCUAGGUGUACUAAUUAAGUGCAGAUAAUUAUAAUCAAAAAUUGAUCGUCUUUUCUACCGUAAGCCUGUAACGUGACAUGGCAUCAGAUAUGGCGCGCGAUGCGAUGAAUAGAGUCUGUUUAUUUAUCGCGUCGCGCGCGAUGUUCGGUUACUGAUAUUCUCUGGCAUUAAUAUUUAAAUGUGUAAUUUUAUCUGGAAUUCUAAAGUAUGUUAUGCAUAAAAAUACGCGGAUUACAUACGUCCUUACUUACCUACCUACGUAAAAUAAAUUAUGAAUCCCCGAUUAUCAGUCAUUUAGAUUCCGCUUGCUUAUCUGCACAAAUAUUGGCCUUCAAUUAUGCCAGCUGGCCAAUACCUAACAAAUAUUACGUACAAUAGUAGGUAUAAUUAUACGUCUAAUGUCUUCGAUGGCCUUUUAGUUGAAGAAGGAAUCAAAUAGGAUUUAAAUAUUUAAUUUUGAGUCGAUGUCGUAUCGAGUCCUAGUAAAUGUGUUACAUAGGUCGUUUCAUUUAUUUAUUUUCUUUCUCAUACGAGAGUAUCAUCUUCUCAGACCGUAUUUUCCUUCGUCGAAACCCUGUUAUACCCCGUCACGCGCGAUAACGUAACCCAUGCAGCGAAUGCUGAAUCGUCAUUGUAUUGGGUUACGAAAAAAAAUAUAUGGGAAGUUGAACUGACUGGGUAGAACUGUUAUCCAGUCAAACAAUUAUGAUAAAUUCUAAUUGAUUCCUGAUUCGACUUCAGUAAAAUUAACUAGUUUCAAUUCAUAGCUUAAUAGGUAUUGUAAUCUAUUCGCUGGUGCUAGUUUUGGAAGGUUACUGUUCAGGGUGGCUUGUAUAGCUUCGUCCGGAUGUUAUGGAGUGUGCAGGGGGGGUCAAAAUAGCCACAUCAAAGCAAUUCAUCUAAGAAAGCAAUGUUCCAAUUUGACAUUUGCGCAUAUAAAAGUAAGUGCGCAAUGCAAACAAAUGUCAAAUAGCAAUAUUGCUUUCUUAGAUGAAUUGCUUCGAUGCGGCCAUUUUAACCUCCCAGGUCGUUACAAGUAAAAGAUUACUAGCCUUUGCGGCACGGGAUACGCAUCGCACGCGACGCGGCUCAUUGUUGCGGGCUUCGAGCAAUUGAUGUACAACGUUUAUCUAACGUAGACACCAUUGGCCAUUCUAUUGGCCUAAGUAGAUAGCGAAACUCAUGCAGUGGGGGCAGGUCGGUAAAAGUAUGCUGCAGUACUUAUGCAUAGUGACAAAACAAUGCGAGGUUCUUCUAAUAUACAUAUAGAAUACAAAUGAAAAUAGCACGUGAUUAAUAAUAAUGAAUUGAAAA